AUGUCGGCAUCAGCACCACUGCGAGCUGCAAGCGCCAGUGCGGGGGGCGCGAGCAGUGCGAACGCAGCAGCGCCGGGCAACAAGAAGAGGACCGGCGGAGGAGAUGGAGGCGACGAGCCCAAGGUCCUCGUUCGCCAGGAGGGCAGCACGACGACGAUUCUCCUGAACCGUCCCAAGGCGCUCAAUGCUCUCGACACGGAGAUGAUUGAGAUGCUCAUCGAGGCCAUCGACUCGACGCCCCAGCACACCCACAUCGUCCUCCGCGGCGUGGGAAGGGCGCUCUGCUCGGGAGGCGACGUCAUGGCCGUCGUCACCAACGCGGCCUCUGAAGACCCAAAGGUCCGACAAAAGGCGCUUGAAUUCUUCCAGCUGGAGUUCGGUCUUAACUACAAGAUUGCUACGCUGCACCAGGGCCAGCAGCCUCGUCCCUACGUCUCCGUCAUGGAUGGCAUCACCAUGGGUGGCGGCGUCGGCCUGAGCCUGCACGCGCCGAUCCGGAUCGCGACGGACAAGACGUUGUUCGCCAUGCCCGAGACGGGUAUCGGCUACUUCCCCGACGUCGGCGUCACUCGCUGCCUCAGCCGGCUUGACGGCAAGGUGGGACAGUAUCUCGGCAUGACCGGCGCAAGAAUCAUGGGCGAGGAAGCCUACCUCGCGGGUAUCGCCACGCACUUUAUCCCCUCGUCCAACAUUGAUACUGCGCUCCACCGGCUCACCUCGCUGCCGCCCAAUGCCCCCGUCUCGCAGCUGGCCACGAUCCUGGACGAGUUCAACGUGGACCCAUUCAACGGCGAAACCAACGCAAAGGGCCCCGAGAUCCUCUCCAAGACGGCUCUGCUCGGCGAACGACGUGUUGUGCUCGACUAUGCCUUUGGCCAGCCGAGCGCAGAGGCCGUCGUGAGCGCCCUGGGCGAGCUCGCUUCCGGAUCGCAGGGCACGCAAGCUGCCAAGGAGCUCAAGUCCAUGCUGGGCAUCGGCCAAGUAAACCAGACCAUCUCGACCUUUGCUGCCCAGACGCUCGAGACGCUCAACCUCAAGUCGCCACGCUCGCUCAAAGUGGCCCUUAUUGCCAUCACCGAGGCGCGCCGGCUCGACCUCGACGAGCAGUUCCGCUUCGACAUGCGCCUCGCCACGGCCUUUUGUGACCUGGGCAUCGGCCGAGACUUCCACACGGGUGUACUGCACACCCUGACCAAAGACCCAAAGACGGGCAAGCGCAGGGAGGGCGUCGCACCCUGGGACCCACCCUCGCUGGACCGCGUCAAUGACGAGAAGAUCCGCACUCUCUUCUUUGGGCCUGUCGAGAAGGCAAAGGAGGCUGGCUUGCAGAUGGUCGUCCCCCAGCUCCAGGGUCUCUCGCCAUCUGCUUCCUCGUCGAAGGGGGCAAGGGAGCAGGAUAAGCAGCGACACGACGCACUCCGAGGCCUGGGUCCCCUGAAUUGGGAGAAGAACUUCAACCCCUUUGCACUUCCUAGCGAGGCAGAAUGCGCCGCCCUCGUCGAAGGGUCCCACCCAGCGAGCGGCAGCACCGCUCUCGAGGCGGACGAGGUCGUGGGCACGCUCGUCAAUGUCAAGGGCGGCAACAGGCCCGCUCUUGCUCUCAAGGUCCGCGAUUGGCUCGAGAGGGCACACAAGAGGGCCGGCGGUAAAAGCUAG